AAAAAAAAAAAAAAAAAAAAAAAAAAACUAGAGAAUUGAGUACACAUAAGGAAUUUUCCUAAGCUUUCGUCAAUUCUCGAAUUAAAGAACAACAUGAAAUCAGUAAGAAACGAUAAUUCAGAUGAAGGUUAUAUAGAACAAAAAUUUGAGGAUCCUUCAUUUAUUAAAGAUUGGUCAGAUGAUCAAAAAGCAGAACUAGCAUAUCAGAUUUUAUCAUGUAUUCCAGUUUCAAAGACUAUACAAAUAAUAAAUCGAUUAUUACCUAUUAUACAUAUUGACUAUAUUUCUAAAUUACCUUAUGAAAUUGCUAUAAAAAUAUUAUCUUUUUUGGAUGUUACAGCAUUAAACAAUCUGAAUAGAGUAUCCAAGUAUUGGAAAUUAUUAAGUGAAGAUCACAUGUUAUGGAAAUCAUUAUUUUACUCGUCAGGUUGGACAGUCAAUAGUUCAUCAAUGAAUCGAUAUCUUUGUUGUAAGACUUUACCUUCUACUACAAAUAGAAUGAUAGGUUCCUCAGAUCAAUUAUUAUAUAACGAUGAACAGUCAUCUUUGAGACUGCAGCAUCAGCAGAGUCAUAGAGAGACAGUAUCACAAACAAUAGUUGAACGUCCUCUCUACCUUCUUCAUAAAAGAUAUCAUCAUGACGAAGCACCUAUUUAUCAUUAUGAUGAACAAAAAGAUAUUCGCUUUAUUAACUGGAAAAGACUAUACCGUAAUCGAUUUAUAAUUGAUCAACGAUGGAAAGAAGGUAAAAGUAAACUACGGCAAUUUCCUAAUUCUGACAAUGGACUACAACAACAAGUAUUGAACCAUAAUAGUGGUAUCUAUUGUUUACAAUUCAAUACAAAAAUAUUAGUAACUGGAAGUAGAGAUAAAAAUAUAAAGAUUUGGAAUAUCAAAACAGGACAAUUGUUACAUAAAUUAAAGGGACAUGAAGGAAGUGUACUUUGUUUACAGUUCAAUGAAUAUUACCUGAUUAGUGGCAGUAGUGAUAGUACAUUAAUUGUAUGGGAUAUUCAUACAGGACAACGUAUAAAAACAUUAAUUGGACAUAGGGAGAGUGUAUUGAAUGUUAAAUUUCACAAGAAUCGAAUUGUUAGUUGUUCAAAAGACAGAACCAUACGUGCUUGGGACCUUGAAAAGGGAGAAUCGAUAGGUCUAUUUAGAGGCCAUCGUGCUGCUGUCAAUGCUGUACAAUUCAAAGAUCAGAUUAUUGUUUCUGCAUCAGGAGAUCGUACAAUUAAAGUUUGGGAUAUGAGUACUGGUGAAUGUUUAAGAACAUUAGAUUCACAUAGUAGAGGCAUUGCUUGUGUAGAAUAUGAUGGAAAUAUGAUUGUGAGUGGAUCAAGUGAUCAAACCAUUAAAGUAUGGAAUGCAAUGACAGGUGAAUGUCUUUAUACGUUAGUGGGACAUACAGACCUUGUUCGAACAUUACAAUUGGAUAAUAAAUUGAAGAUAAUUGUGAGUGGCAGUUAUGAUGGGACACUUAAGAUAUGGCAACUAGAAGAUGGAAGUUUAAUAAAAACAUUAAAUCAAAUAUCUUUUGGAAGAAUAUUAAACCUUCAGUUUGAUUUCAGUAAAAUUGUGUGUUGCUCUAAUCUUGGUCAAAUAGUGAUUUGGGACUUUACGUAUGAUAUAGAUUCACAAUUUCUUCUAUAAAACUAUCUUUUAUAUUACCAUUUUUUUUUAAUUUGAUACUUUCUAUAAAGUACUGCUGAAAAUAUACACAUAUGUGUAUGUGUUUUUUCUUUUCUUCUUUAAGAAAAAGUAAACAGGAUAAGAUAAUAUACAAUGUUAUCUCAUACCGGGCUGUUGUUUAGAC